AUGUCUCAAUACGCAAGUUCAUCUUCAUGGACCUCCUUUUUAAAAUCAAUUGCAUCUUUCAAUGGUGAUCUUUCAUCCCUAUCUGCACCACCAUUCAUCUUAGCUCCAAUCUCUUUGACAGAAUUCUCUCAAUACUGGGCUGAACAUCCAGAUUUAUUCUUAGAAUCCUCCUUUAUCAACGAGGAAAAUUUCAAAGAUGGGUUCGCACCAGAAUUGGAAGUGGAAACACCUGAAAUUGCUCGUAUGUUAUCCAUCACCAAAUGGUUCAUCUCCACUUUAAAAUCCCAAUAUUGUUCUCGUAAUGAAACAAUGGGAUCUGAAAAGAAGCCAUUGAACCCCUUCCUAGGUGAAGUCUUUGUCGGCAAAUGGGAGAAUAAAGACCAUCCAGAGUUCGGUGAAACCGUUCUAUUAUCUGAACAAGUGUCUCAUCAUCCACCUAUGACUGCCUACACCAUCUUCAACGACAAGAACGAUGUUAAGUUGCAAGGUUAUAAUCAAAUUAAGGCUUCCUUCACCAAAUCAUUGAUGUUAACCGUGAAACAAUACGGUCAUACUUUAUUGGAAGUGAAAGAUGAAUCAUAUUUAGUCACUCCACCACCAUUACAUAUCGAAGGUAUCCUAAUGGCCUCUCCCUUCGUGGAAUUAGAAGGUAAAUCCUUUAUUCAAUCAUCCACAGGAUUGCUCUGUGUUGUUGAAUUUUCAGGAAGAGGUUAUUUCAGUGGGAAGAAGAAUUCUUUCAAGGCUAGAAUUUACAAUGAUGCUGCUGAUUCAAAGGAUAAGGAAAAUGCAUUGUAUACAAUAAGUGGUCAAUGGUCAGGUUCUUCCAAGAUCGUCAAGGGUAACGCUAAGGAUGAUGUCUUAUUUUAUGAUGCUUCCAAGAUUGCCGCUGAAAACUUAUACGUUAAACCAUUGGAGGAACAACAUCCUUUGGAAAGUAGAAAGGCAUGGAAGGAGGUUGCUGAUGCUAUCACGUUGGGUGAUUUCGAUUUGAUUGGUAAGACAAAGACAGACUUGGAGGAAAAUCAAAGAGAAUUGAGAAAGAUGGAAGAGGCAAAGGGGAUCAGUUGGCAAAGAAGAUGGUUCCAUGAUGUUGAUUACUCUGACGAACCAAAAGAAGACGCUUUCCUACCGGAAGAAAAUGAUUUAUUCUUAAAGUUAGCUGAUAUUUUGCAAUUGUCUACCAAGAAUGCCCCAAGUGGUACAUUGGUUGGUGACAAGGAAGAUAAGAGAGACGACUUAACUUCUGUCCAUUGGAGAUUUAAGAGAAACUUAUGGGAUGAAGAACAAGAAGUUGUCUUAUAA